UCGUAGCGCAAAGUAUAAUGGGUUUAUACCCCAGUCUAGUUGGUGAAGGUACUUGUAACAUACUGUAUACUGGAUGCCAAACGCUGUAAAACAUAAUCAAAGAAGAAGACUUGUGCAUGAGGACGGCCUGCGCAUUACCGCCAUCUGCAGUGCUUGACCAGUAAUGCGACUGAAUAUGGACGGAACUCGACGAUACAGGCGGCCAGUUCAAGUGGAGCGGCGGCAAAACAACAACAGAUGCUGAACAACUUCUACAAGUUACAUUGCACUGGAGGCGAUGGCAGAUGGAGAGCUGUGUCUCAUAGAUAAGAGCAUAUCAAGUUUGCUGGAGGUCCCAUUGAGUGCCAAUGUCACAUCCCUCAAUCUGCAUUGUAACCGUAUUCUGAAAGUAGAGGGCUUGACCACUGCUUGGCAUCUCCGACACUUGGAUCUGUCGUCCAAUCAUAUCUCUCGCAUCGAGGGUCUCAACUCUCUAGCCUCACUGAGAACCUUAAACUUGUCCUGCAACUUGAUCACUAAGGUCGAAGGAUUGAAUGGACUUGUUAACCUGAUAAGAUUAAACCUGGCCUAUAAUCAGAUAAGUGACCUCACAGGUUUGUUGUACCUUCACGGGGCGGAGUACAAACUGAGACACCUCCAUCUCCAUAGCAACCGCUUGGACAGCAUCAACCAGCUGCUGCAGUGCAUGCUGGGACUGGAGAAUCUGAGUGAUGUCACCCUAAGUGUGGAGGGAGCAGGCAAUUCAGUCUGCAGCUUACCAGGUUACAGAGAGAUGGUGCUCCAGUCCUUACCCCAGGUCUCCAGCCUGGAUGGGGUGGACCGGCUGGGGAACCCUGCUCCUCUGGGGGAGGACAGCCCCAUCGACAUCCCCGGCCUGGAGGAUUAUGUGGACUUCUUGCUCUCCUCAGACACCAGUGCCAACGAACUGACGUCCCCACAGGCCAGGGUUAACGGCUCUCCCACCACUUCCCGUAUUGACGAGGUGCUGACGCAGUUCCGCCAGCGGGCAGGGGGCCCAGUGGGGGCCCAAGACCCAGUCAGACGGCCCCAGGUUUCACAGCCAGGUUGGGCUACAGUGGGCAGCUAUAGUACAGCAGUAGACCCAAACAAUGAACAACGCAUCCAGAAACUGGAGCACCAGGUGUCCCGACUGUUCCAACAGACUCCUGCAGGGGAGGUCUCCAGCAGCUCCACCCCCUUUGUGAAGGUACGGAGGCCCAAGAGGGACAUAGACAACACGUCAGAGAGUGAGUGUGACAGCGGGAAGGAGAACCGGGGGCGUCGCUCCAGGAUCCCAACUCGGCACAGGGGUAGCAACAAUACUGCAGUGAAGAGGACCAUCAAGCAGCCCACCAAGGCCAAACAACAAGACAGUGAUCAAGAGAGAAGCAAAGGGAAAAGUUCAAAGUGUUCAGUUGUCCCUGGGAGGAAGUCAGGCGUCCAUCAGGCCUUUGGGGGUGCCGACUCAGUAGGACCCGUCAGGAAGACCCCCAGCAGCACCAAACAAGCAGUGGAGGAGACCUAUAGGGCGAUCGUGGAGGAGCGUGAUCAGGAGAGAGAGAGGCGGUGGAAGGCUGAGCAGGCUGUGAGGAAGCUGACCGAGCAGAUGAAGACCUUGCAGACCCAGGCCAGCCAGGAGAAAGACCUACAGAGCAUGGCCCUGCACACCACCGACAGACUGAAGGAGCUGUUGUUGAAGGAGCGUUCGGAGCGCUCUGGUCUGCAGGCUCGCGUGGAGGAGCUGGAGGAGAGGUGUCAGAGCUCCGCGCUGCAGCUGGAGCAGGUCCUGCAGCGGGAGGAGCAACACAAGAGGGCGCUGCGCAGCCUGGAGGACAGCACGUCCCAUAGUGAAGCACGGAAGGCCCGCCGGCAGGCUGAGGAGAUGAAGAGGAGCCAGGAGCUGGAGAACAAGGCGUCGGCCCUGAUGAGAGAGCUUGAGAUCCAGCGAGCUUCGCUCCGACAGCAUAAAGACAAGCUACGGCAGCUCCACGAACUGCUGGCCUCCAGGGAACAAGUGCACAGGAAAGAGCUGGAGGGUCGGUUGGUGCCAGGCGGGGCAGAGUUCCGGGAGUUGGUGGCCAGGGAGGUGGCUGGUGUGGAGCAGAGACACGCCCAGAGCGGUGCUGGGUUGGAGGACAGAUUGGCCCUGGCCACACAGCAGUACACUGCCCUGGAGGACGAGUUCCGUAUGGCCCUCACCAUCGAGGCUACUCGCUUCACUGAGGUGGAGCAGGGCUGUGCCCGGCUGAGUGCUGAGCUGUCGGAGGUGAAGGCUGCCCUGGCUCAGACCCAACAGAGAGAGAGACAGGCGGGGGGUCUGGUGCAGGAGCUCACCGCCAUGGUCAAGGAGCAGAAGAGCCGCAUCACAGAGCUCAGCAAAGCCAAGCGAGACGCCGUCACUGAGCUCAAGGGCCGUGUGCGGUCUCUGGAGGCGGGGGCGGAGGAGGACAGGCGUCUGCAGCUGCAGCUGGAGCUGGUGAAGAAGGACAAGGCCAGGCUGCUGUCCCAGCUCACUGCCCAGGAGUCGGUUAUAGACGGCCUCAGAGCUGAGAGGAGGAUCUGGGGACAGGAGCUGGCUCAACAAGGCGCGUCUCUGUCCCAGGAUAGGGGUCGUCUGGAGGCGAGGAUUGAGGUGUUGGCUGCUGAACUGGAGAGUCAGAAGAAACAGAACGAGCGAGACAACGACGCCCUGAGGAUCAAAGUCAAGGUCAUCGAUGACCAGACAGAGACCAUUCGCAAACUCAAAGAGGGCCUACAAGAGCGUGACGAGCAGGGCCGGAGGCAGCGUGAGGAGAGCCUGCAGGCCCAGCGGCGCCUGCAGCAGCAGCUGGAGGAGUCGUCAGCCACAUCGCAGGACCUGAGAGACACGGUGCAGCAGCUCAGUCUCCGCAAGGAGCAGCUCAAGCAACAGCUGGAGGACAAGGAGAUGGAGCUGGACGAGGUCAAGGCCGCCUUCAGUGUGUCCAAUGAGAAGUGGCAGGACAAGGCUGACCUGCUGACCCGGCUGGAGAGCCAGGUGAAACGCAUGAAGGAGGGCUUCGACUCGAAAGAGAGCCUGCUGCUGGAGGAGAGAGACAAGGCCUCACAGGCGCACAAAGCGGUGAUAGAGAAGCUACACAGUAUGGACGAUGCAUUCCGGCGACAGCUGGAGUCGCUGCAGGCAUCCCAUCAGACCGAGCUCCUACGGCUGGCCAAUGACAAGCAGAAACAGAUUGAACAGUCCAAUCAGAAGGUAUUUCAGGUGGAGGAGGAGAUGCGUCAGCUCCUGGAGGAGACUGAAACUGAGAAGAAAACAAUGGAGGAGAAGAUGAGACGUCUCACCAGCGUAUUGAAAGACUUCUAAGUACAGCUUAUGGUGUAUAUCAUCUACCUAUAGAGUCACCUGUGUUUCUACUUGGACGUUACACUGAUGAGGUGACAGCAUUUGUUGAUGUGAAUUAUUUGCAAAACGUGAAUGUUAAGUUGUUCUGACAGUCAAACUUUUUUAGGGGUGGACAGGUUUUGGACUUUUGUGGUUAGGCCAGUAAGUUGUAAAUUAGCCCAACCGGCCGCCAGAGGGCACUAUUAUUCCUUUUAUGUCGUGUGUCAUCUGCGUCCGACUUUGUGCCCAGCCGGCUAUAGACAAGUUGGUUGUUUAGCAACAAAACUGACGUGUGCGCAACUGUGAGGAGAAACAGACGAGGUUGGCUUAGAUUGUUAACAUGUCAACUAUAUUUAUUCUCCAAUGUUUAUUGAAAACAUAAAUACAUUUGCACAAUGAGCAUUUGUUGUCUCUCCUACAUUGUUAGUUGUUGGUUAGCUAGCUAACGAAUUUUAGCUAUUAGCAUCAGUCAAAACGACUCAAAACAAGAAAUGGUAUCAAGAACAAGAUGAAACUAGCUGAAAAGAGUCACUUACAAUUCCCCUCGUGGCAGUUUCUUGUCAUUGUUGGUAGCUAUCUGGCCAUCUAGAAUCACAACUCAGACUUCUGUCCCAUUGAAGCUUACGUAUCGUUUUCGUGACGUUGUCAGCUAACCCAUCUAUAGACUCCUGUCCCCCGGCGACUGGCUCAUACAUAAAGCAUCCUCCAUUCCGGAUGCAAAUGUGUUGGUUUCCUCCUUAACUCGAUUGGCGGGCCAGCCCCCCAAAAAAGGGAAAAUAUCCGUACUGUCUUAAUAAAACAAAAAAUUUCCCCGCCAUUUUUCUAAUAACGUCCGGAUGUUGCACACCGUGAUUCAGUGCAUCAGUCUGUUGUUAACUCAUGGCUGAACAACAUCCGGAAGUUGUCCGAAAAUGGUGGGGGAAAAUUGUGUUUUGUUACGAGUGUGCAUAUUUUCCCAAUUUUUUAUUUAGGCCGGUGGGCCAUUAAUUCAAUCGAGUUAAGGAGGAGUACAACAUCAGGAAGAACUACGCCCUCUAGGGCACUAGUUUGAAAUGUAAUACAUUUACAUGUUGUGUAAAUAUUUGACUUAAGUUAUCAAAUAUGUGUAUAUUUUUAUCAUGCUAAAUAAAAGCAGUUUUAUUCCGC